AUAAAACCGUUAUUUUUACGCGAAAUGAUAAAAAUUAUACAUCAAUCGAUAGGGAAUUUCACUGUCUUUAAUUUGAGACCACAUUCAAGUUCACCAGCAUCCGCGAACAAUCGAAAAAGUUGGACUUUCUACAUAAAAACUUCGAAAUCCGUGUAUUUUUAAUAGCACAGAGGAAUGUUUUGCCUCCGAGAGUGAUAAGAAUCAGGCAGAGAGUAUGCAACCCGCGGAUUGUAGAAAAGCCCAAUAGUGUAAUAUCGAUGAAGUGCCCUCCCCCUGAUAGAUCCCCACCACAAACUUAGAAGUAUGAAGAAAAUUGAUAAGAAAAUGAAAAAUUGAAAAUGAAAAGUAGUUGAAAUUGAAAAUUAAAAUAACGAGAUGACGAUGAACUGAAAAGAGUACAUUGUCCUGAAAUGAGUGAUUCUGUCUGGAUUUCAUUGAACGCUGUUUCAGUUUUAUCCAAAUAAUUUAUUCUUUUACGAGUAAUGCUUUGAAAUCUCCCCGGAAAAAUGUUGUCAGUUGAUGAAAUCUUCAAAAGCCGGGGAUAUAAUGUCCCUACGUUUGUGUUGGACGCAGAUGGUAAACAAGUCAAGAUUGAAACCAGAGAAGAUGAAGAGCAACAGUUGAAGUACGAAUACAUCGUUAGAGAUCUAAUUUCUGCUGGAUAUUAUAGAGCCAUAAUCAAGCAGAUUUCCCCUUUCGACGUUAUCGUAGGAGGAAUGACAUGGUGCAUUGAUUCGCCAGAAAUUGAUAUCGAAGCUGAUCUAUUAUUCAAAGAUAGUUUAAGUUUAGGACAGAAAAUAUCGUUGACAGAAAAAGUUGUUGUCGUAUUACCGAAAAUCAAAUGUCCACAUUUCAUCGAACCGCAUCAAAUUCAAGGAUUAGAUUUUAUACACAUUUACCCAGUUAUUGAAUGGCUUAUACAAUGGUCCGAUGAAAACAGAAAGAAAAAGAAAGACUAUCUAUUGGCGUAUGCUUUGAAUCAGUACUACAAAAGGUUCACUCAUCCUCAAGGAGAACGUUUAAGAAAUCUGAAGCUUAAAACCUUAAGACACAUUGACCAAAUAUCUGAAAAAUAUAGCCCUCGUCGUGUUGCUAAGCAGUCCAACAAAUCCAUCCAAGAUCUGCUGUCAAAGGUUGAAAGUACUUUAUCCGAAUAUGGAUUAUCGGCUUCCGGAGAAAACCAAAAGUUCGUGGUUGGAAUGAAAGGAACUAAAGCUUUGUCUCAAAAUCAAAUUAAAGAACUGUACCAUGGACUGGCGAAAGAAAAAUGUAGUGAGGAAAAACUGAAUUUUGAAAACGUAGAGCAAUUCUUUGAAGACUUACAGUUGAAGGACACGGAAAAGAAACAUAAACGACUUGAAAUGAAACGUUUAGAACUUCAACAAGAAAAGGACCGUUUAGAAAAAGAUAUAAAAGAAGCGAUCGUGGAGUCGGAAAGCAUCACCAAUGCAAUUAAAAAUAAAAAUAUAUCAUUGAGUAAUCUGGCUGAGGAAGAAAAAAAAAUUGUGCAAGAAAUCCAAGAACUAAUUCAAGAACACGAAAAAUUAAAAGAAACUGAAAAAACUUCCAAAGAAUUUUACAAAACUAAUUUAAAUGCAUUAGAAUUCGAAAUUCAAGAAUUGGAGAGUAAUCAUCAAGGAGAAGAAGAUGUAGAAGAUGUGAAAAACCAAAUCGUUCAUUUACAAGGAAAGCUUGAAAAGAAGAAACAAGAAUUGGGUAUAAGGACUCGAGAAGUCUCAGCUAAAGAGAGAAACGUUGACCAGAUACCCUCUCGAGCUGAACUGUCGCAAUAUCAAAAACGAUUUUUAGAAUUGUAUAAGCAAGUGGCCUUAAAACACACGGAAACCAAACGUUUCGUUAUAUUGUACAAUGCUCUUAACGAUAAAUUCACUUACAUGGAGAGAGAGUUCAACUUACUGAAUUCGGUGCAUGAAAAUUUCCCUACAGCCCUCUCAUCGGCUGGAAGUAGAGAUGAAUUUUUACAUCAACUUCAAAACAGGGUUUCUGCCAUUCAAGAUGUCAAAAAGAAGGCUGUUCAAAAGAGAAAUGAUAAUUUGAGAACGAAAGAGAUGUUGAAAAAUCGUCUUUUAGAUCUCCAUGAGCAAAAAAGGGAAUACAUAUCUGCUGUGAAAGAAUUAUCAGAAGUGUACAAAAGACAUAAAAAACUGACCAUUCAACUAGAAAAAAUGAAAGCGAUGAAAGCAAAUGAAAAUUGAGUUCUCAUUUUCUACGUAAUUCAUCUCGUGGUAUGAUUUUUUCUUUUUAGGCAAGCAUUUAUUCAUUCCCAUAUUGCGAGAUAUCUACAUUCCUACGUGAUAUUUUUUUUACGUGAUUUAUUUAUUUUAUUAGUUAAUAUUUUAUAUGUAGUUGAAUUUAAAGGGUGCUAAGUACCUACAUUAUUAGUAUACUGAUGAUAUCAAAAAUAAUUUCGAAUCAAAAUUUUAUUGUCUUUCGGGGAAAAGCUAAUAUUUUUUUUAAGAGAAAGUACUGCUUUAAUUAAGAAAGUUUUUAUUAUUAUUAUCAGUAACAUUUUGUAAAAAUUAAUAGAAAAACAAAAGAAUAACAAAUUCAUAUUUACAUAAAAUGUAACUAGUUUUAACAUUUUUAUAAACUCGAAUACAAGUAUAUAAAUAAAAAAGGAAUGUAAAAUCAUAUUGAAAAGUCCAUGUAAAAAAAUAGUUGAAAUUUAAAAAUUAUGAAACCCAAGAAAAUUAUGAAUAAUGCUUGAUUAAUUCAGCCUUUUUUUUCAUUACUUGCUACGAAUUAAUUUUUUCCCGAAACCGUCCUAUUGCGCUGAUAUGUUAUAAUCCAUCUACUAUUUUGUUUUAUUCGUUGCUCAUGUCCAGUAAAUUUGAAAGAAAUACGUAAAUUUUUAAAUUUUGAAUACCACAUGACGUGGUAACUACAUUUUCUUGUCAUUUGGUUUACUGCGAACGUUAAUGCGUUUUCCCCCUCUUUUUUUCUCGAUACUCGUAACAAAUUUUUUUUAAAUAACAAUAAUUUAAAAAAAUUAUUUCACUAGAUAUUACAGGAAGUAAUCAUACAAAAUAUCAUGCAUAUAUUUUUCAUGGUAACCAACGAAAUUUUUUUCAUACGGCUAUAGAAUAAUCCGUAUGAUCUCCUCUCCUCGCUGAUGGCCUUGACCAAAGACUCGAUCGAGCACCAAAUUUCAUUUUUUUAACCGUAUCUAAAUCACAUUCAGCUUCGCUAAGCUCCGAUCUGCCAUGAAAUGAAGUUUCCGCUACCGAAAUAGAUCGAAAUGUUUUAUUUGGAACUAUCCAUUUGCUGAAAAAUCGUAACGUUUCGAAUUUGGAAUUUAAUUUAAUUCUGGUUGACAGCAGGCUACGUGAUUAUUUAUAUAAUUUGAUAUUGUACUUUGGUUUUACUCCACGAUGUGAUAAGGAUUUAUGAUCAGAUCGCGGCGACAUGUCGGACGAUGUACAUGAUUGAGCUCCGUGAUAGAUAUAAUCUGUAAAUUGUUAAAAUAGUUUUGUUAUUUAUUAUCUAUUUCUACGUUUUGUUAAAUUAUUCAUUAUAGUUUGAAAGUUUUA